AUGGUUAAAUGGCUGCAUGGCAGACACGCAGGCGCUAGGACCCAGGACACGUGAGCCUAUUAGUUUGCCAGAGGGUGGAGACGGUGAACAAUGAAGGAGCUGACUGGUAAGACCAGCAGAGGAGCAACAUCUGAGACCACCCCCCCCCCUUACCCCCAGACCGGACCGACGGACAAAACAGACUGACCACCGAGCGUGACUGAAAGACACCAAGCUGAGUUGUGGGGUUUGGAAAAAUGUAGAUUUGUCCGUGGCUGCUGCAGAGAGCAGAUCCCACUGAGCCCCCUGAGUGGAGGUGAAUGAAUGGGUUCGUCUCGGUGUGUGCGGCACUGAACUGGGUCAGGCGGACCACUGGAGGAGCGAAAAGAUAAACACGCACCCUCCUCCUGCUGCCUGGCAGGUUGAGAUGGUGGGCGCUCAGAGGAGGGAUCCCAGCCUGUGUCCUCAGCUCAGCAUCCAGCAUCAGAUGAUGCUCUGAUUUAAUCCGCCUCCAAAGAACUCACAAACUGGAGAGCAUCUCCAGAAACAGGACAGGAAUCAGCAUCAGGAGGAGACUAAGCAAAGUACAAAGACGGACCGAAUCCAGCAUUUCACCAAGGUUUUGAGUCUUAUAAGGGACUUGCAUUGUUUUCCUUAUCACCUAUAAGUAACUGGGGGAUCCAUCGAUCUCCUGCAGACCCCAUCGGAUCAGCGCUGAGCAGAGCGGUGCGGCUCUGCUCACCGAGCAGAUGCAGGACCAUGGAGGAGAGAGACAGGUCGCCAGCAGUCUGCCCCACAGUGUCAAGGCGAGCCUGUCUCUUUCUCCAUCUGGGCCAGGACGGGUUGGCAGCGGCGGGGGCUCGCCUACAUCUAAGAUGGGCUACUGUGGCGGAGUGCCCGUGGAGGACAUGCAGGCUUUGGCCAUCACCUCUCUGUCUGCAGCAGAUGUAGCCAAACAGUAUGAGCACAUCCGUGAGCUGGGAAAGGGCACCUAUGGAAAGGUAGACCUGGUGGCACAUCGAACACAAGGCACAAAAAUGGCACUGAAGUUUGUUACCAAGAACAAGACCAAGCUGAAGAGUUUUCUGCGGGAAUACAGUCUAACAGGCUCACUUAGCUGCAGCCCUUUCAUCAUCAAAGUCCUAGAUGUGCUUUUUGAGACAGAGGACUGCUAUGUGUUUGGACAAGAAUAUGCCCCCGCUGGGGACCUUUUCGACAUCAUUCCCCCACAGGUCGGUCUGCCAGAGGAUAUGGUAAAACGUUGCAUGCAACAGUUGGGCCUGGCCUUGGAUUUUAUGCACAGUAAAAACUUGGUGCAUCGGGAUGUCAAACCAGAGAACGUGCUGCUAUUUGAUCGUGAGUGUCGUCGUAUCAAACUCGCUGACUUUGGCAUGACCCGACGCGUGGGCUGUCGUGUGAAACGGGUGAGUGGAACCAUCCCCUAUACAGCACCAGAGGUAUGCCGUGCUAGCCGUGCUGAGGGUUUCCUGGUGACCACAAGCCUGGAUGUGUGGGCGUUUGGCGUGCUGGUCUUCUGUAUGCUGACAGGGAAUUUCCCCUGGGAGGCAGCGCUGCCCGCCGAUGCGUUCUAUGAGGAGUUUCGACGUUGGCAGAAGGCUGGGUGCCCUGUGGGAACAUACCCAUCUCAGUGGCGUCGCUUCACUGAUGAUGCCCUGCGCAUGUUUCAGAGGCUACUGGCUGCUGAGCCAGAAAAGCGCUGUGGAGUCAAGGACGUCUUCUGCUUUGUCAAGUAUGAACUGGUCAGUGAGCUCCGACGCAGAGCUUCUUGCAGAGCCAAGAGAGGUGAGAGGUCAAGCUCAGGAGUGUGUACGGGCAGCUGUACUUCCUCCUCCUCUUCCACUACAUCACGUUCCUCCCACAGACAUCCUGAGCCCUCGACCCCUCCAGGAACAUCCUGUCUCCGCCCGGCACCACUUAAACGUAGUGUCCUCUCUGAUCCGUUGUCUCCCAGAGAGGAGUCCGGACAGCACCAGUCUCCGGGCAGAGACAAAAACAAAAGCCAGAUGGUGAUGGCAACAGCCAUCGAGAUCUGUGUGUGACCACAUUAUUGUUAGAGCUGGAAACUAAAAGCUUUUCACAGUAAUAAUAAGCUGUGAAGAGUUGUUAAUGAUGACCGCAGAGACUCCAGUGAAUAGAAAGAGGUACUUUAACUAUGAAAGAGAAGCUCAGGAUCACAUCCCCAGCAGUGGAAAAUGGACAUCAUCAAUCAGCGGUACACCCUUGGACAGCUUAUCACUGACACAUGCCUUUUAGGCUUUGAUUUGUGACCAAAGACUGCUUCCCAAGCUGAGAAGCCAUGCAGGCAUGUUUAGAGUCUGCUGAUGUUGCUCCUCUCAGCAGCUCAUUCUGCCAUCCAACGUUUGUGUUUUUCUGCCCAUACACUGUGGUGGUGCUAAUGAUUCUGUAAUAGGAUACUGACAAUUUAUUCUGUCUUUUCUCACUCAUCGCUCCAUGUGGUUUUACUUUAGCUCAUGUUUAUAUCAGACUAUGUCCUUUGGGAGGCAAACUUCGUUUGUUCAGGUGAUGCUGCUCAGUCGGAGGCCAUUGACCAGAGGGUAGUCUAUGUAACCUCAUUUAAUUGUUGUUUCUUUCAACUUCUGAUACAUACACUGAGUCAAGAAGUUUUCAAAGAAACAUAGUAAAAAAAAUACAAAAAGAAAUCUAAAUGUAGCAGUUUUGUAUGAUUUUUUUUUUUAAUGUACUGUAGAUGUCUAGACUGAGAAGCAGACUCUCAGUGAUAGGCAUCACCUCAGGACACUUCAGCAGGUCACUUCCUGUUUUACUCUUAAUAGAAAUCUAUUGACUAGCUGGAAGACACAUCUGCUCUUUUGAACUGUUCUCAAUGAGAUUCAUUUCCGAUGUAACACAACAGAAUACAGGGAUUGUACAUUUUGUGAGUGGAGAUGGCGGUGAACAAAGGGGAGAAGAAAUGACUUUUUAUUGUUUCUUUUUCUACCUGCUGUGUGUGUUUGGAUGUGUAUGUGUGUGUUUCAAAUGCUAAAGCACAAGACUUUUUGUAAAGGAGGAGGAGGACGAGAGGUCCUAGAGAAACUACUACAAUAUAUUGUAAAUAAUUUGAUAUUUCCAGGAGUGCACCGUAAUAUCAGGUAGUUUAACUACAGUAUGUAGCUGUACUCAUUUUCUACUGUGGGGAAAAGGGUUUGGGGUUGUCAAAGUUACUGUCGGGUAAUGCACUGUAUGUAGCAACAAAAUAUGAGAGAAUGUAUAGUAUAUCAUAAAAAAGAAAUUAUACAGAAGUAUGAUCUAGAUUCUAUCACAGUGUAUAACAUGGUAGCAGCUGCUAUAAUUUUUUUCUUCUCUUGUUUUUGGUUUUAAUGCCAAGUUUACUUUUUUCACAAAUUUGUGGGGAUCAUUCUUCAUCAGAUAGGGAUAAUUCAUUUUUUGUUAUUCCUGUAAACAUUUCUAUCUGUAGAAACAUUAUGGUUUUUCCCGUUUGUCGGUGAGUUAAAUCCAUUCUGCCUUUUCUCAGUCAUUUAAAGCUUCCACCAGUAACACCUUACAAAUUAAUUCUCCUUAAUCAGAAAAACAAUCCAACAUAUACAUGCUAUAUCAAGAUUAAUAAAUUAAUACACAAACCCAUUCGCUACAAAUUUAUUAUGUUGUUUCAUUGCCCAGUGCUGACCUUUCAUUUAAUUUUCUUGUCUUCCUCUGGGAGUCUAUCCAAAUUGAUUGCUCCGGUAGCAGAGCCCAAAUGUAUCUUGUCUGGAUGGAUGACCCCUCUGUCAGCUGUUGCCACUGAACCUGACCAGUCUCAGCUGCAGCACUGCUUUCCAAACAACAAAUUAUUAAAACCUUGAAAAGUAUGUUCAGUGUAGAUGCUUCGGUGACAGCUAAUAACAAGUCUGUUACACACUUGAAUUUACAGUUGUGUCACUCAAGUGUGCGUUAUCUGUUUCGAUGUGUGCAUGAUUUCGUGCUUGCAUUCGCUUCCCUUAUUUCCACACACCUCCCAUGACAGCUUAUCAUAUCUGUCGCUAUAGUGACGGUGCUCCUCUGGUUCGCCUUCUGUCCUCUUCUUGAACAUCAAGUCUAAUUGAGCACAAAUGAAACAACUGGUCGCCAACUCCCUCCCUCCCAGUCAUGAACAGCCUCUCCUGACACUUCCUCCGAUUAUAUUGCAGGUGCACAAUUUACAGUGUUUCAUGACUGAAUCCAAACACCAAAGUCUUCAUUUGGCUUGAUCAGAUAUAAUCAUGUUGUAAUCAUUUUCCCUGUCUACUGUCCUCCUUUACACUUGAUUCUUCAAACAUGACCUGAUUGAAGCUGAAGUCUUGACAGAGGGAUGUAUUGUAUCCUUAGAUGAGGGCUGUCUCAUAGGAUUUGUCAAAAAUAGACUGUGAAAUAGCCCUGCCUUUCAUUUGCUCUUAUAUGUUACACUGAUGUAAGCAGCUGUGACUUUGUUAUACUUCAUAGCCAUUUGCAUCACUGGACUCCCAUCAGUCAUUACAAUGUUCAGUGUUGUUUCUCAUAGACUGUUAUGACAGGAGUUGUCACGUUCAGUGAUGAGGUUUCUAAUCAACUUUUAUUUAAAGUUUCAAUAUGUAAAAUUUGCACCCUCCUGAGUGCUUACAUGAUUUGUGUAAUGGUUUCUUGCUGAGGUUUUUGUCAUUUCUUCACCUUAGCUAGCUUAUAUCUAAGCUAAACAAUUGUCUCGGUUGCAUACAACUGUAACACAGCAACUUCUACAUUGACGUUUAUGCACAGGACUGGAAAACCCUUGGUUCUGUUCUUCUAUGGAAAUCCUGAGUUUUUCAGUGAUUCCUUUCUGCUCUUCUACAGUUGCAGCAGUAGCUACAGUUAGCUUAGAAAUGGAGUUGGCUAAUGUCAACAAAUGACCCAAUUGCCACAGUCUCCAGCACAAACUUCAUGUAAUGUCACUAGCAUGUGCAGAUGUUACAUAUUAAACCUUAAGCCUCUAGAGAGUAGCCUUCCCUGUUAUUUCCUGAAUGGUGAUUUAUUUUCUGCCAGAAGUUGUUGUAGAAUGUGAUAUAAUGUAAAUACUGUAUGUAUUGUGUCUUUAAUAAAACACAAAAGAAUAAACGAUAUAUUAAUAUAUGUUGAAAUAAAUUUAUGCACCACA